AUGUUCGCGAGUUCACUAUUCUUCUCAGGUCUGCUGAGCUCAGCUUUGGCUGUUGCCAAAUAUGAUGAAUACAUCUUGACUCCCAGCUCUAGGAAGAUUCAUCCUUCUUCAGUAUAUAACAUCAAUGGCACUGUUGAUGGUUCCGAGUCUCUCAUCGCCAGCUCCUCUGGGAGUGCCAUAUUCCACGACUUUUCUGCCGUCACAUACGACUAUGGCAAAAACAUUGGCGGCAUCGUCUCAUUGACAAUUGGAGCAAUUUCGGAUACUGAUCAGCUCAUUGGUAUUACGUUCAGCGAAAGCUCGCUCUGGAUCUCUGGUGAAUGGUCCGACGCAACCGCUGACGAAGGCAACGACGUAUCCCUCUUCUUCUAUCCAAGCGGGCCUGGGGUUUAUACAGUUGGCGAACAGUACCAGCGAGGUGGCUUCAGAUAUCUAAGUCUAGUACAUAAUACAACGGGGAGUCUGGAAGUUCAAAAGAUCGAAGUUAAUUACACUGCAGUCCCUCAUAUUGAGGAAGCCCAGAUGAGAGCAUACUCUGGCUGGUUCCAUUCAGACGAGCUGCUCGAUACUAAUGACGGGUCAGAUGAGCUCAUCAACAGAAUAUGGUACGCAGGUGCCUACACUGCCCAACUCUGCACCCUCGACCCUCAUUACGGCAACUCCCUUAACUUCCUCACCGACCCAGAGAAUAAUCCCUCGACCCCAGUCAAUGGCGUUGUGAACUGGUACUCUAACACCACCAUCGCAAACGCAUCCUCAGUUCUUGCAGAUGGUGCCAAACGCGAUCGUCUGGUAUGGCCCGGCGACAUGGUCGUGUCCUGGCCGUCCAUGCUCGUGUCCACAAAUGACAAAGUCACUGUCACAAACUCCCUCACUUCCCUCUUCGACCGUCAGAAUAUGACCACGGGCGUGAUGCCAUACGCCGGCGUACCGUUCCCGUUCAUGUACUCGGCGACGUAUCAUCUGCACAGCCUGAUAGGCACCGCAGAGAUCUAUGUAUACGACGGCGACCUCGAAUUUGUCAGGGAGAAAUGGGAACAGUGGAAAUUCGCACUCGCGUACUCGCUCAGCACCAUCGACGAAACCGGUCUCAUCAACGUCACCUCAUCGGCAGACUGGCUGCGCUUCGGCAUGGGCGGGCACAACAUCGAGGCCAACGCCAUCCUGUACCACACACUCAACUAUGGCGUCAUCCUAGCCGAAGCACUCAACGACACGUCCGUAAUCACAACAUACCAGAACUACGCCGCGAACAUCAAAUCCGCCGCACAGGACCUCCUCUGGGACCCUUCCGCGAACCUCUUCCGCGACAACGAAACCACAUCCCUCCACCCACAAGACGGUAACGCCUGGGCCGUGCUCGCAAACCUGACCACCAGCUCCUCGCAAGCCGCCUCCAUCUCCCAAUCCCUCAUCUCCCGCUGGACGACAUACGGCGCGCCCGCCCCUGAGGCCGGCCCCACCGUGUCCCCAUUCGUCGGCUUCUUCGAGCUCCAAGCCCACGCCGCCGCACACAACGCCUCGGCUGUGCUCGCGCUGACACGGCUGCAAUGGGGCUUCAUGCUAGACGACGCGCGCAUGACGAACAGCACGUUCAUCGAGGGGUACAGUACAGAUGGCAGUUUGCACUACGCGCCGUACCGCAAUGAUCCGCGCGUGAGCCACGCGCAUGGCUGGAGCACGGGGCCGACCUCGGUGCUCACGUUCCAGAUUGCCGGCGUGCAGAUUGUGAAGGCGGGUGGGAGGGAGUGGAGGAUUGCGCCACGUCUUGGGGGGCUGGGGCAUACGCAUGCGGGAUUCGAGACUUCGCUGGGUGUGUUUGCGGCCAGGACGAAGUUGGGGGAGGGCGGGGAGUUGAGGAUUGAGUUUGAGGCGCCUGAGGGGACGGUGGGGAGGUUGAGCGUGGAGAGACCCAGGUGUGCGGGGAUGAUGGUGUUGGAGGGGCGGUGUGGGAGGGAGGAGUUUGCGAUCAGGGAGAAUGAGGGGGAUGUUGGUGAUUUCGAGAUCGCCGGACUGGGAGGAGGGGAGUGGGUGUUGACGUUUGGGUGUGCGUGA